ACUUGGGUGAAGCUCUGACAUUUGCAUGCUGCUCGCGGUUCCUGGUAGGUAGCGCGGCCCGUCACUCGGAAGGCCGGGACCGCCCACUCCACCUCAGUGCCGGGCUCUCUUCCUGCGCAGUUCUCCUCCGCAGCCUCUGCGGGCAAGCGCCGGGGCUGCUCUCAAUCUCCUGGCUGCGAGGAGGCAGCCCCGGCGAGCUGCCGUGCGUCCCGUCCAGGGUAUCCGGGGUGCGGGCUACAGCGUCCUCCGCAGCGCGUCUGCCCGCAGUUCCCGCCGCCCGGACUUUGCGUUCCAGUCCCGGCUUCUGGUGGGCAACAUGUCAAGAGCCGUCGCCGCUGCAGCUGCCGCCGCCACCCGAGGAAGAGCCGCAGCCUCGGCAGCCGCGCGCCCACGGGGGCAAUAAACCGAAUCCCUCGGGCGCAGAGCGGCAGGGGACCCUCCCGGUGCUCUCUGCUCCGGCAGGACUCGCGCCAUGUGCUGAGCCAUGCCCCUGGCCGCGCCCGCGGGCCGCGUAUGGGGCAGCGCCUGAGCGGCGGCCGGUCCUGCCUCGAUGUCCCAGGCCGGCUCCUGCCACAGCCGCCGCCGCCCCCGCCGCCGGUGAGGAAGAAGCUCGCGCUGCUCUUCGCCAUGCUCUGCAUCUGGCUCUACAUGUUCCUGUACUCGUGCGCCGGCUCUUGCACAGCCGCGCCCGGCCUGCUGCUUCUGGGCUCGGGAUCCCGCGCUGCUCACGCUCAGCCAGCCCUGGUCACAGCUCCGAAUGAGACAUCCCCAAAGAUGCCUUUCCGGGCACCGCUGGCCAACUCACUGGCUGCAGGCAAGGAUAAGACAGUAGUCGCCGGGAGCCAGGAGGAGCAGAGUCCCGAGGCACCGGACUCCCCCAGCCCCAUCUCCAGCUUCUUCAGCGGCUCCGGGAGCAAGCAGCUGCCGCAGGCCAUCAUCAUCGGCGUGAAGAAGGGCGGCACGAGGGCGCUGCUGGAGUUCCUGCGCGUGCACCCCGACGUGCGCGCCGUGGGCGCCGAGCCCCACUUCUUCGACCGCAGCUACCACAAGGGCCUCGCCUGGUACCGGGACCUGAUGCCCAGAACCCUGGAGGGACAGAUCACCAUGGAGAAGACGCCCAGCUACUUCGUGACCCGGGAGGCACCCGCGCGCAUCUCCGCCAUGUCCAAGGACACCAAGCUCAUCGUGGUGGUGCGCGACCCGGUGACCAGGGCCAUCUCGGACUACACGCAGACGCUGUCCAAGCGGCCGGACAUCCCCAGCUUCGAGAGCCUGACGUUCCGCAACCGCAGCGCGGGCCUCAUCGACACGUCCUGGAGCGCCAUCCAGAUCGGCCUGUAUGCCAAGCACCUGGAACCCUGGCUGCGCCACUUCCCGCUGGGCCAGAUGCUCUUCGUGAGCGGGGAGCGGCUGGUGAGCGACCCGGCCGGGGAGCUGCGCCGCGUGCAGGAUUUCCUGGGCCUCAAGCGCAUCAUCACCGACAAGCACUUCUACUUCAACCAGACCAAGGGCUUCCCGUGCCUCAAGAAGGCGGAGGGCAGCGGCAAGCCGCACUGCCUGGGCAAGACCAAGGGUCGCGCGCACCCCGCCAUCGCGCGUGAGGUGCUGCGGCAGCUGCGUGACUUUUACCGGCCCUUCAACCGCAAGUUCUACCAGAUGACCGGCCGCGACUUCGGCUGGGACUGAGUCUCCCUUCGGGCUUAUCUAUUGAGAGAGAGUAUAUGUAUGUAAAAUGUACAGAAAUCUAUUUUAUAAUAAUUUAUUUUUAAUUCACAAGCAAUUAAUUCACUAAGCUGCCUAGCCACACUCUGCAGAGAGUUCGAGUCACGGUCUGUUAACAUUCCAAAGUGUUUAACUCCGAUAUUUUGUUCUGUCCCUCACAAUCGAUGGUGCUUCCGUGUUCCCCCACCCCACCCCCACCCUUUUCCCCGUUGUAUUUAAGAAGAAGAAGAAAAGCACAACUUGAGAUUUUCGUUACGGGUAUUCAGCCUUCGAUCACCUUGGGUCCUCCACCUGCUAUCUCCUUGGGUCUUGGCUGCCUCGGCUGGUUUGUGGUGUCGUCUUGCCUGGGUACCUCCUGGAGACACUGAGCAUGAGCAGCCUCAGCAUGCUGUAGUCUGAGGGUGGAAUUCACAUAGGCAGUUCAUCACCCCCACUGAUGUAGCACCAGGGUGCGUUUCACUCGCCUCCCUUACAGGGGCCCGUGUCCUCAUGAUCCCGAAUCCCCUUCUGCUCUCCCCCUCCGUCCAUUUUGGCUAGCUAUAAGUGUAUACAAACAAUUGACCCCUCCCCCAGAUCCCACAAGUAAGAUGCUCCAGCGCUGCUUUACAAAAAAAGGUGAUGUUCAUUUGCAUACGAGUGACCACACCUUGCUCCUCUCUUCAGUCAGACAGUUCUGCUGGGACACACCAAAGAGCCUCCCCAGGCUCCCAUACAGAGCCACUGGCGCAAACCUAGGGUGCUGGAUAUUGAGACCCAUAGGGGUCAGAUGUAUCCUUCAAUAUCAGCGUUUAGAGAGGUAUUGCUGAGUGUAGACCCAACUGGCGCUGGACAGUAGGCUCAUGGCCUCAGUAGAGAAAAAACAAAAAAACACCCAGAUCUGACGAGCAGCCUGGCAGAGGAAGAGGAUGCCCAGAACUGCAGCCAAAUGCCUAGGCCACCCCAGAGAUGCUCUGGAGGCAAUGACCACAGCAGGGGUUGAAGGAUGGCCCUCCAGGGCCCAGGCUGGGAAAGCUGGUGCUUGUAGAUUCUCGAGCCUGACACUUGUGCAGCUGCCCCUGAGGCCGUCAG